AUGGCGGCCUUCGAUGGAACAUCCUGCCCCGAAGAACACUUGAUGGCAUACAAAAACUUGAUGUUGCUAUACACCACCAACCCAGCAUUGUGGUGCAAAUUCUUUCCAACUACUCUCACAGGAGUAGCCUUGACGUGGUACACCUCUCUUCCAGGGAGAAGUAUCCACACCUUUGCCCAAUUAGAGAGCAAAUUCCUGGGUCACUUUGUGGCAUCCAAAAGGCAAGAGAAAUCAAACUUCCAUUUGCUUAGCAUAACGCAACUGGAAGGGGAAUCCAUAUCAUCGUAUCUGAGGAAAUUCCACGAGGCAGUGUUGGAGGCACAUGACCCAAAAAGGCGAAAGUCUGAAAAGAAAGAUGUCGCAUCCUCCCAUCAAUCUUUAUGGAACAGAGAGGAGCAUUCGUCAAGGAGGGACAAGAAUUACAUGCCGCGUCGUCCAGAGCUCCCGUCAGACAUGGGACCACCACGAUCCCGGCACGUAUAUAUCGCGGAAGGGGAGUCCAGGACACGGAAUUUGCUAGACGGAGGUAACGACCCGAUGUUCAAUCGAAACAGGAAGGACAUUUUCUUCGCUGUUCGAGAUAAGUUGCCAGCUCCACCUCCUACUAUCACUCCUUCCGAUAGACGCAACUACAAUCUGUGGGACUAUGACGCAAGAGGAGAAGCGGAAAGAAGGCAGUGGAAUCAAAGACGCGGAUCCCCCAAGAGGGAUGAGGCAAGGCGUGAAAGUUCCAACACACAAGGAACUAUCAACGUAAUUUUCGGAGGAUACACUGAAGAAUAUCCUACCAUUCGAUCCGCGAAGGAUAGCGUCCAUACUCUGCUGAAAGAACCUCUAAAAACCGUAUCAAAGGGACCGAUCAUGAGAUUUGAUGCCACUACUUUCCAACUGUUGCAACAACCACACACUGAUGCUUUAGUGGUUACCAUCAAGAUUGGGCAAAUGAUGGUGAGGCGAGUAUUGGUGGAUACCGGAAGCACAGCCGAUCUUAUAAUGAUGGAAUGCCUAAGAAAAAUGAAGUUCUAA